AUGCUCAUGUGGCAAAUCUUCUUGAGUAAGUCUUCGCCGUCGCAAGGUCUCCGGCCUCAUGCUCACAAUGAAGCUCACGCGUCCAUAAGGGAGACGACGCGGACAGCCACCAACGGCCGCAGAAUGACGAAACCACCCAAGAAAAAGCUGUCGGCGACUGGCAUAAAGCCGUCGAUUCCAAACAUAGCAGACAGAGGUAUUCUCAUAGGCGGCACGGUUUCGCAUGGGUCUGUCGCACUGUCCACAGGACUCCUCUCUAACGUUCCUUACUCCCACCCAACAGCAUCCAAUGUUUUUGGGAUAGGCUCCGAACAUCCCUUUGCCAACUACUGGACCUGUGAGGGCGGGCUCCCCGAGGUCAUCCGAGUCCUGCCGGAGAAGUUGCAGGCAGACAUCCUGCUAUCCCAGUACUUCGAGUGCGUGGAUCCCGUGUACCCCAUGAUACAUCGCCAGACCUUCUACGCCGACUACGAGAGCUUCUGGCUGUUACGGGACACGGAGAAGACGGAUGCUGCUUUCGUGGCGCUGCUUUUCGUGAUGCUGGCUCUGGGUACUCAAUUUGUGACCACGACGAAUCCACAAGACCGCAAGCAAACGGCAGAGUUCUACGCCUCGGCAGGCAACCAGGCGCUACGUAUGAGCUCGUACCUGAGCACCGUUUCAACAUCUUCCCUCCAAGCAAUGAUCCUGCUAGGGUAUUUCCUGAUCAACGACAAUCACGCCUCGGACGGCUGGGCCUUUGCAGGCAUGCUGAUACGGCAAGCGUAUGCGAUGGGACUACAUCGGGACCCGAACAUUGUGACUCCCGAUGCCAGCCCGUUUGAGAAGCAGCAGCGGCGCAAGCUUUGGCAGGCUGUGCUUCUGCAGGACACCUUCUUGACUGUCUUGCUCUCGCUACCUCCCAGCGCCACCCACACUGAUGUGAAGGUUGAUGAUUAUACCGACCACUCAGCCAACAUCGCCAGUUCGGACCCAACUGACACUGCAUAUAUCAGGGGCUCGUGGAUGUUGGCCAACUUGGUUCAAGAGACUAUCUGCAGCCCCCGAUCACUCGACAUGCCCAUCUGCACUACGCAGCGGCAAAAGGGCAAACUCGUGGCCGAGUUCCGUGCCGUCUACCGCUCGUUCCCCGACGUGUUCCGCUCCUGGGACCAGGACAGCAUUGCGCAGCUUGCCAGCAGCAACAAGCGUGUGGUGCGGCAGACGCUCUUCCUCAGCAGCAAUUACUACCACAACCUAAUGUUGGUGCACGCGUCCGAGAGCCCCGAUGUGCCCGUCAACGUGCGCGCAACGCUGGAAGCCGCCCACGAGGCCAUCAAUGCCUUCUUUGUGCUGUAUGCCCUGUUCGACACCGAGAGCCGCGUCUGGUGGGUCUUCAACCACCGCGCCUUCCUCGAGGCCCUUUGCAUAGGCAGCGUGCUGCGCGAGGCCGCGAGGGACCCGGCCUGGGCCGAGCAACUGGCCCGUGACACGCUGUUCGUGAGGGCGAAGGCGGAUAUCACGCGCAUGAUCCAAAUCAUGAAGAUAAUGGGCGGCGGCGAGCAGGGCUCCGAGGUGGCACGGACAAGGGUCACCGUUCUCAGCGAGUUCCUGUGA